AUGGCUUGCACUUGCGCCCGCCCAGCCGCGCUCCUGCGCCCUACACUCCCCCGCCUCACCCCUCGCCAAUCCUCAUCACUCUGGGUCCGAACACACGCAACAACCUCCUCUGCGCCACGACCAAAGACGCAAGACGAGCUGCCGCAUCGAGAAGGCGAGACGUACCAUGGCCAGGUCGAGAUUGGGAGGUUCGAGAGGGGGUUGCUGGUGCUUGGGAGUGCCGUCAUGGGUUUGGUGGAUACUCAUCGUCACGACAUGAUUGCCGUCCUCUCCGAGACCUCUGCACCGACAGCCUCCCUGCGACGGCUACACAACGCCAUGCGCAAGUCUCCCUCAGGCCGUGCCAUCCUACGCGACCGACCACGCAUCACCUCCACCUCGAUUUCGCUUCCGGAACUCGCCUCACUCCCUCCUGGCACUUUCGGCCGCGCCUACUCCGACUGGCUCACCCGCAACCGUGUCACGCCCGACACACGCGACCCAGUGCGCUACAUCCCCGACCCGGACCUCGCCUACGUCAUGCAGCGCUACCGCGAGUCGCACGAUUUUUACCACGUCCUCCUCGGUUUCGGAGUCAGCUUGCCCGCCGAACUCGUCGUCAAGUGGUUCGAGCUGGCCAACUUUGGGCUGCCAGUCGCAGCGCUGUCGGGCAUGUUUGGGCCGCUGAGGAUGGAGAAGAGCGAGCGGGACAGGCUGUGGAAGACGUACGGGACUUGGGCGCUUCGGGCGGGAGGGAAGGCGGAUUGCCUGAUCAGCGUGUAUUGGGAGAAGGAGUGGGAGACGCCGAUCGAGGAGCUGAGAGCGCGGUAUGGCGUCGAGAGGCCGCCGGUCGGCUUCAAGAAGUGGCGCGAGGAAGGGCGGAGAUUGCAGGCUGAGCGUGAGGCGGCGGCGGCGCACGCCGUGUAA